UUCCCAGGACUUCUGGUCGCCUAGCCUACGACUUCCACCCUUCACGAUCCGAUCCAGCAACAGCAACAGCAACAACAACUAUUCUCUCCACGAUGAGGCCGCCACCUCUUCGAGCUGCUACGAUAACAGCUCUAGCAGUGUCGCCAUACCUCGCAGCCGCGCUGGCCACAGGAUUCCAGCACACUUAUCCACGGCGCGAUGGCCUCGGCCGCGGCCGCAGCGGAUCAAUUGCGCUUCCACCUUUUCCCCGACGGGGCGAUUCAUCACUGACAGUAUCAGCUUCCGUCUUACCCUCCACCGCGCCGCUUGCUUCGCCUCCCAGUCCCCUCCCCCACGCUGGAAGCAGCGGCGGGACCGUGACGACCGGCGUAGGCGCAGAGGGCGACACGUUCCAGCUCAACAUCCUGAACCGCCAGGUGCCGGACAAGGACUUAUGGGUGUACAUCGAGGGCCAGGACAUCUGGGGCCGGCCAGGCUUCAUCAUGCCAAACAAAGACCCGACCGCGCCGGCAACGUGGUUCCUGCCUGAUGCCAGGGGCGGCACAAACGUGGACGUGCCGAACGAGGUCAUCGGGAUGCAGAUGGCGAGGAACACAGGUAGCGGCAAUGGCAACAACAACAAGCCACCGGUGCUCAGCCUGCGGAUGCCGGACAAUAUCGUCUCCGGGAGGGUCUACCUCAGCGAGGAUCCGCUCGUGUUUCGGUGCCACGCGUCGAACGCGACUUUCGGCGGCACCACCAUCGCGCAGCCGUCUGCCUUGUUGCCUUCGAACGACCCAGCGUCCAAGGCGAGGUUUGGGUUCGUGGAGCUGACGUGGCGGUCCAUAGACGUGGCAGCUCAGGCCAAGAGGGGCAUAUACGCCAACCUCUCCUUUGUCGACUGGGUCGGGAUGCUGCUCGGCAUGUCGAUCAAGGAGGCCCGCGGGGCGCAACAGGACAAGCACGUAAUUCCCGGACUCAAGGGCAAGGGCGGGAUAACUGAUGCCCAAGUCAUGAACGAGAUGUGCACGGAGCUCGAGAACGUCGCGGCGAAGCCGGGGGGUAAGCACGCCUGGUGGAAGCACCUCUGCAGGCGGGACGGGACUGAAACCCUGCGCAUCCUCUCGCCCAACAUGGUCCUCUCGGUGCCCCCCGACAUUCUCGGAGUAGACGCGGCUGUCCAGGAACAGGCCCGGACCUACUUUGACGAGUACGUCGAUGCCGUGUGGCAGAGAUACGCGACAGAGCCGCUGAGGGUGGACACGCAGAUAUCGCCGGCAGAGCCGGGCCAGGACGGUUGGGACAGGGCUGCGACCGGGACGGGCUCGAUCUGCGACUGCACGACCGCCGGCGGCGGUAGCAGCAACAUCAUGACAUGCAACUGCCCGGCCGUGUUCCAGCCAGAGGACCUCCAGACCGUGUCCUUCCAGAGGCCGACGGGCGGGGACAUUUUCAGCUGCAGCACGGGGCCCUUCGCCGCCGCCCAGAACCCGCAGAUCGAGGCCCGCCAGCUCCGUGCUCGGCUCUGUGCAGGCUUCGUCCGGACGACGCUGCUCCUCGACAGUCUGACCCCGAGCAUCAACGUCCCGGCCACGGAGUACUACAAGACAGGCGUCCACGAGUACCGCGGCCAGGAGGUCUACGUCGACACGCACGACUACUACAGCGAGAUUGAGCACAGGUAUCUCAAGGACGGCUUCGGAUACACUUUCUCAUUUGACGACGUCAACCCGGGCAUCGAGAAUGCCGCGGGUGUCAUCGAGAUGGCGGACCCCGAGUUCAUGAACAUCGUGGCAGGGGGUUGGAAGGAUGGCGACGAGCGUCCAGUCGCCGAGAUACAAAACUGA